AGUACUGAAUAGUAUCGGAGUUCAAUCUACAGGGGAGCCAGGCCACUCCAGGAUGCCGCCCAGCUCAAGUCAUGGGUCAUGGGGUGGCGUGCGGAUGGGUCAUGGAGGCUGCCGACGUGCUGAUGAUGCAGUUCGUGUUGUCACCGCGGCGACGGAGAGCUCAUGCAGGCCGAGGCCACCCACGCCAUGUCCGGCCACUCGCCCUACUCAUCCGCCACACACCGCAGGUGGGCGCCCGCAUCGACCGCGGCGGCUUCUUCUGCCUCCUCUUCAGCAGCGGCAGCCCCAACUCCACUUUCCUGCUCGAGGCCAUCGGCAGGGGCAAGGCCGCCGUGCUGCUCUCCUUCGGCGGCUGUGACAUGGCCAUCGCCGCGCACACCCAGGACAUCGAGGAGGCUGAGGAGGAGGUGGUGGUCGUCGUUAUUGUGGUGCAGGGUCCCGAGGAAGCCGUGGCCACGGUGGAGGUGGCGGCGGAUGUCGUCGGCGAAAGGGAGCGGUUGUGGACAUGAGAGGGGUUCUUUUAUUUGUGGCAAUUUUGCAACAACAAAAAAACCUUGGUCGGCGGCGUAUUUAGGCGGAUAAGACGACGUGGCAGUUAAGCUGCCAAGUGGGUGAUUGCACACGUGCCACAUUAAUGAAUACGUAGAGCAAAGCGUAUAAUGGAGCAUAUGUGACCCUAGAGCAAGUUUAGUGAUUGUAUUUCGGAUAUUUCUAACUACAGGGACUAAAGUGGCCACCUGCGCAAGUUAUACGCCCUAUAGUGAAUUUUUCUCUUUAUGAUUAUGCAAGAACAACCCUUAGUACUAGCGGCUAUAACUGCGUGCUUAGAGUAACUCCAGCCGACGCCCUGCACGCCCCAGUCCAGUUUCCCGUCCGGCGACCCCAGUUCGCCUCCUUGCCGCCGUCUCCUUGCUGGCUGCCUCGCCCUAGCUACCACGCAUCGUCACCACGCCUCCUCGCCGCCUGCCGCUACCGCUCGCCGCACGCCUGCCUCCUUCCCCGCUUGCCGCCCCGUGCCUGCCUCCCUCCCCGCUCGCUGCCUCCCGCCACCGCUCGCCGCCCUGCGCUCUGACGCCCACCGGCCUCCACGACCGGGCCGAGCGACCUGGCGGACCUCGUCUCGGGCGGGAGCUCCAUCUCCUCGGGCUGGAGGAGCGGCGGCGGUGGCGCCUGCGGCACUGCCAGCGUGGCCUCCAGCAGCGCCACGCCCUACUCCUGGAUCGCACACACGAUCUUGAGCUGCUUCUCGGCCAGCCCGGGCCCAUGGUGAGGAAGUACUGCAGGAGGUGGACGACGUAGAGCUGCCUCGCAUCGUGUCGCGCCUUGAUGGAUGCCACCUCGUCCUGCGCGUCCUGCACGUGCCGCAGCCACGCGCGCGGCUGCUCUGGCUCCGGCGCGCCGUCCAGCUACCUGAGCACGUCGGCCCGCGGCUGCAGCAGGGCCUUGACGGCGUUGUCGAGCUCCUUGACGCGCUUGUCCCCGUCAGCCAGCGGCUGCCACCACUUGCCGAAAAAUAGCAGACGAGCGCGCCGCCGAGGGCGAGCAUGACCACGGGCUGCAUCUCCAUCUCUGAUCAGCAAAGGUCAACCGCAAGCGCGGUUCGGUUGAUCUUCUCUGGCACGUGGCGAGUCGGCGAGCAGCGCGUCUCCAGCCCGUGCAGCUCGACGGACGCGGCGUGGUGGAGGCGCGUCUCCUUCCCCGUCGACGCUUGCGCUCCUCCGCUGGCUGGAGGUUAUCGACGACGCCGCGGUCAAGAUGCUCGACGAAAUGUCGCUGCCUCCGUGGGAGCCCAACACUGCUCGUGGGGGAGCAACGAGUGGAAAAUUUUGCCCCCUUAAGGCCAAAAUUUUCGCCGGCAGCCCCCAAGCGGCGAAAAAAUGCCUCCUGAGAGGCGCAAUGGCUGGAGAUGCUCUUAGAGCAUCUCCAGCCGUUCGGCCCCCCAGGGUGCCGAAAAAGAGCCCCCUGGGGGCGAGCCAGCGCUAGAUUAGCGCGUAGGGCGACCUAGCUCCCAGUCAUCGGCCCACCGGUCGCCCCGGGUGCGGCGAUGUUGUGUGUAAAAUAGAUGCAAACUCGGUGAAACUUCAUUCAAAUUUGUACAUAAAACAUGAAAAUAUGCAAACUACGACUGAACUAUGCCUAAACUACGCCUAGCCGCCAACGUCCGCCGCCGCCGCUGAAGGAAAUAUGCCCUAGAGGCAAUAAUAAAGUUGUUAUUUAUAUUUCC